CUUCUGUACUACUCCCGUGCUUUCAACCACCGUCGGCCUCAUCAUCAUCGUCGUCGUCGUUGUCGCUGUCGGCAUCCUUUCCAAGCACAUCUCGAGUCUUGUUUGCAGAUUGCUACUUUCACUCGUUUCAACAACACCAUCCAUGCGCACCUAUCUUUCGCUCCCACUUUGCGCGCCGGCGCCAUCCACCUGAUCCUCUCCUCCUCUGUCUACACCAUCUUACCACACUGUCCGCCUGAACGAUGCUUAGACCCGCUACGCCGUUGACGGUUUUGCUGUUAAUAUCCUUCGUCCUCCUCCUCUUGUCUGUUAUCUCAACUCCCGUCGUCAAGUCGAUCCCUAUCGCAACCUACAAGGGUGUCAAUUUUGGUGUCUUUGGUUAUUGUACUACCACAGGAUGUAGCGGUAUACGAGUGGGCUAUACUACGGAUGGAGUCUUUGGUUCAGAAGGUGAUGGAGACUUCAAUCUGCCUGCCUCGACCAGGCACUCUUUAUCCUCCCUACUCAUUGUUCAUCCGGUCGCCGCCUUCUGCAACUUAGUGUGUCUUGCUCUCGCCGCUGCCGCUCAUUUGCAUUCGCCAUCACACUCUGCUCGAUACCUUCUUGGCCUUCUAAUCCUGCUCUUGCCUACCUUACUAGUCACUUUGUUGGCUUUCCUUGUUGAUAUUCUACUUUUCGUGCCUCAUUUACAAUGGGGCGGGUGGAUUGUUCUUGCGUCAACUAUUCUAAUCACGGCGUCCGGAGUGGUUACCUGUGCCAUGAGGAGGACGCUGGUAUCUCGCAAAGCACGGAAGAAGAGGAUCGCUGAAAAUGCUGAAAUGAGCGGCGAGAACUUCUACAACAGGCAAGCUCAAGAAUCGAAGAUGCCUGCGCAGACCUUCGCUUUAGCCGAACCUACUAUGCCAAUGGUCAAUGGAGCCCCUGGCGCAGACCGACUGCCUGCCUUUGCGACAUUCGAGUCUGGGAAGCCAGACGAGGAGAGUCUGCCACUACGAUCACAAGCCUUGACGAGUGACGGGACUACCCUUAGAGAUGGUAACUCCGAUACCUUUUAUCCCCCUCCUUCAGUCCGAUCGAACAGUCAGCCGCCUUUUGACGAACGGCGCGAUCAAUACGGGAACCCUAUACCUGCUGCUGCUGGCGCAAUGAUGCCUCCGAGGAAAUCUGGUGAAGAGCGUACGCCAGCCGGUUCUUACCGUGAAGGCUCAGUGCCACCCCCAGGUAGCAGAGGAUAUGGCUCUCGCGGCAGGGGAACAUUUCCUCCACGAGGCGCUUAUCCACGAGGAGGAGGAGGAUACGGACGUCGAGGUCCUCCUCCAUCACAAGGCUACCCAGGACGGGGCGGGUUUUCUCCUGAGAUGAGAGGAGGCUACACCGGCCGUGGAAGAGGGGGAUAUCCUCCUGCGGCGGCCAUGGGAGCCAUAGGCGCAGGAAUGGCAGCAGGUGCAAUGAUGGCGGAUGGUCAGCAUCGACCACCGCCAGGCUAUCCACCAAAUGGAGGCGAGAGAACAACACCCCCAGACUCGUAUCCGGAUAGGAUGGGACCCUUUGGUCCAAUCGCCAGCUCGACUCCUUAUAUCGAGAAUGCUCCGCCCAACCGGGCUGAUGCCAUAAGCCCAUCUGUGUAUACUACUGGCCCCGAAGAACAACUGGCUCCGUAUGGAGCCCGAGUACAAUCACCAGCACGCUCUGGUUAUGGGAGCAGAGUGCAAUCGCCCGUUGGGGCUCCACGACAAGCUUCUCCACCUCCAGCCAUGCCAACUUUACCAUCAGUUCAAGCUGCAGAAUUGCCGACCAAUUCAAGGUCUAACUCUAGGUCACAGAGUCAAGAUCCAUAUAUUCCUCCACGUUCACAGUGGAACAACAACGUGUCGCAUGAGGAUUUUGCUCAAACAAGAACACCUGGACGAUAUACUUCCCCUGUUGAACUGCCUUCGACAGGCAGUCACGUGGGAGGAUAUAGUGGCCCACCACGGAGACCACGUGUAAAUUCCGGGGGCAGUGAUGUGUAUUAUGAAGACGUCGACCCUCGCUUCGCUUCUGAUCCCGAGACGAUGCCCGCAAUCCCACAUAAUCCAGCCACGCAGCCUCCGUCGGUGCCACCGCUUCUGACCGCAGGACAGCCUCAAUAUCGACCCGAUUCUCUGGCACUACCACCUUCGAACUCAUACGAAGAUCUUCCCGGAGCUCGGUCGCCUGCCGAGAGUGAAACGAGCAAUUUCACAUCGGUCAGCCAGCGCGGAAUCAACCCCAACUGGCGCCCAGGUAAUGGUGGUGAAUUCGCAUCGCUGGGACCUGCCAGAAGGCGGGAGCACCAGAUGAAGCGGGACGUUCUUCUUGCUGGCAAUCCCGAUUUUGAGAUCCCAGGAAUGGGUGAAAGUGGCCGUAUGUCGACAAGAGGAGGGCGAGACGGCAUGAGAGGGGGCAUGACGAUGAGUGGAGGGCCACCUCGAAUUCCUCCAGCCAGCGCUGUUGGGAUGGGAGCAGACGGAAGGUAUCCCAUGGGCCCGCCACCGCCACCUGCAGGAUCAGGAAGCAUGAGAGAAAUAUAAUACCCCUACGACCUGACGCCAAAACUGAUCAUGUAGAUUUUUUGUGAAAAUUAUGUAAAAAU